UUUUAACAGGUCUACCAACAAAGAGGUCAUUUCUCUUUAGGAUUUUUAGCUACAGAUGCCACAGCUAUAAAAUAUCCCCACUGUGCUAAAAAUGUGUGUUCUUGAGUUCUUGAAUAAUAGAUAUACCAGAGAUAAGAUAUACUGUGGUUCUUCUCUACAAGCAUUUUUUUAACAUCUGUCCAUCAUUUGAUUGUUUGAAAUCUUAAUAGUGUUAUAGGUUAUGAUUACAAAAUUUGAGGAUUUUAAAUUUAGUAAUUCUAAACUUUUACAAAAGAAUGUAAAAGUGUAUUCAGUGAAAAUACCCUAUAUACCAUUAUUAUAGAAAAUUCAAACGAAAUUAAUACAGACAUAACAGAAUGGAGAAUAAUUCAGAAGACGAAAAUUCCGACAACGGAUUACAAAUCGUAAUAGAAAGUCCUAAACCAAAAAAGAGAAGUAAAAAGACACUUGAUGAAACUGAUAAACGAAUAAUUGAAACGGUGGAAAAAGAUUUGGAAGAAAAUUUAGAAGAAAAAGCCGCCAAAGCAAACUUAACAGCAAAGCAUGUGAAAAAUAUCAUUAAAGAAGUUGUUACCAAUGAACAUGUUUUGGCUUUGGUUAGACACGCUGAAAAUCCAAACAAUAGUGAUGAGCCUAUUACUGUGUAUGAACCAAAAUACACACGUGCCAAAACAAAGCAAUUAUUAUCUACCAAUGUACAGCAAAAAUUUUUGCCAUGGGUGACACCAGUAAAGCCAGUGUCAGAGGUUCAAAGGCUGUUCACCGAAGAAUUACAAGAAGAUUCAUCUGGAGAUGAAUAUGUUCCAGAAAGCCCUAGUAAAAAUUCAUCUUUUGACAGCCAGUUGGAUACAUCACACUGUACGAUCAAAAAUGAUGAAGGGGCAAAUAUUGCUCUUCGAACUAGAUCAAAAUUGUGUUUAAGUCAUACACCUUUGGAAGUAAUUGAAGAAGCAUUUAUGCCCCCUGACAUAACUACUGAUAUGUAUGAUAUGGAUUGUGAUGAUGAUGUGUGGAAGGAAUUCUUGAAAACAUUUACAAGACCGUUAGAUGAGGUUACUAAAGCAGCAGAAGAUGAAGACCAUGAUCCAGAAUAUAAUGUUUUGGCAGAUGAAGAAAUUGAUAAAGUGGACAGGGAAGAAUUAAGGGCAGACAGAGCAGUUACAGUUUCUCGAAAAGAGCUUAACCGUUUGAUGGCAGAGCUAUUUGAGUUUGCAGAUAUUUAUGAAUCGAACAAAUUGACUGAAAAAAACGCAGCAAGCAACAAUUUGCCUUUAGAUCAGAGUGGAGAAGGAGUUGAAAAUGAGAACAGUUCACACUCUGAUUCAGACAAUGACCCUAAUAUUUCAAUAAAAAAAUAUCAAAUAUCAAUAUUAACACAACAGAUAAGACAACAUGUGCAGAUGCUAACUCAGAGUUUUUUGUUGUCUUAUGAACAUCCAGAAUUUUCUGAUCAAGCUUUUAAAUAUAAAGAAAUGCUGAAUGAGAUGGUUGCAGAGACUAAAAUAAAAGAUAAUUCUGUUUAUGAUGUAAUAAAUUUAAAACCUGCAAUGAAUUUAAUAAGUGGUUGGGAAAAAUUAUUCAUGUCAGGGAAUGAAGAAGUUAGAGAAUGUAUAAGAUAUGUCGAUAAAGUAAUUAGUGAGUCAAUAGAGGCAAGGUUAUCAGGAAGGGAAUAUAUUGUAACAUUUCCACCACUUUUAAUGAAAACUGUUUCCAGUAGCGACGUUUUUAUUUAUCCAAAUUUACUUCCAAGAAUACCUUUCAAAUCAUUACAUGUUAGAGGCUCAUACAAAUUUUUUACGCGCGGCGAGGAAAAUUUGAUCGCGUUGUUCCUAGAACAAGCACUCCCAUACUUAAGACAAGAUCCUUUUUACUUAACAUAUCAAAAGAAAAUUAAUAUGGAACGUGUUUGUCAAUUGAUGUCUCAAAUAUUAAUACCAAAUGUGAGAUCCACAAAACUUGUAAGACAUAUUAGAAACAGAAAACAUCCAAGUAGUGACGAAAAUCCAAUACAAUUUCUGUAUCGUACUAAAAAGGCACCUCCCAGUGUUCAUUAUGUGGCUCCUAUGGAUGCUGAAAGUGUGUUACCACCUUGCAAGCAAAAGCCAGAGUUGUUGCCAUACCUAUGGCGGAAGUUUAUCUAUCCAGACGAAAAGAAUGAAUCGAGAUUUAUAUCCGAUCAGUCGUACAGUGGUAUUAACAAUCGGGUAGUAUAUCUAUCUUAUCCAUUCAUACAACCAGUGAUUCAAGCAGUGCCUCAACCCAACAUAAAUUUUUCAAAACCAACAACUGGUAAUAGACGAAUAUUACCAAAAACUCUUCUACCCAUUGUCGCUUGCACUAGAAAAACAAAGCACACUACUGCAAGAAGAAAAAAACUUUUAAAGGGUUAUAGUAAAGAAAAUAACAAUAAUAUAAGUUCAACUGGCGGAGUUAGUAAAUUACAAAGCACGAUGUUGCCGGAUAUGCCCAGUCUCGGUAACACACCAUUAAAAAAUGACAAUUCACAAACAGAUGGAACUAGCGUGAAAGACAAUACAAAUGUGGAUGGCAAGAAAGAAGAAAGUUUAUCAUUCAAGAAUAUUGCUUCAUACUUUCAUGCAUAUGAUCCCAACAACCUGAACAAAGCUAGAAGAAAUUUUGAAGGUAUUAGUGAAUUUCGUAAUGGUGCAAACCAAACAGAUCCUAGUCAGACUGAUUCUUCAUAUUCAAGUGUUCCUAAUUCAACAGAGAAGGAUAACCCAGAUGACAUUAAUGAGUUAAUGAAAGCAAGUGCAACAGUAAAAAAUGUAACGAAAAAGAAACCAUCAGGAGCAGAGAAAAAACGGACAAAAGUGAGGCGAGAAUUUGUGUCUAAUCUAAUGAUGGCUACUCCAGACGAUUUACAAACUCAAAAUAAAAAAGAAGAAUUUUUUGCAGAUGCCUUUUUUGACAAACUUAGAGAAACGCUUACGGUGGCAGACUUUGACAAGAUGGUUCGUAUUUUAGGCCAUUAUGAUGAAUCUCGUGGUGAAUUUUUACAACUAUUUAAAAAUGUACAAUCUAUACUCUUUCCAAAAUAUGUAGAACUGGCUGAAGAAUUUUAUCUGUUUCUCACAAAGAUUCAAGCUCAGAAGAUUGGGCAACUCAUGCCGUAUUUUCUGAUAAAAGAUAUGGAUAGAUUUAUUAAAAAAUUACAUGUCUACUUCAAAGAUCAACCAUCACAGUUAAAAAAAAUUAUUAAGUGUAUAACAGAUUUGUCUGAAAAUCCUGAUAUAACAAUGGACAUUAUAAAAACUACUGUAAUCCCGUUAUUUAAAGGAAAUGCAGCUUUAACUGAUUGGUUCCUACAAAUUUUCCCAUGUGAAAGACCACCAAAAAUGUUAACAUCAGCUCCUUAUGAGGCCAUAGACAUUUCAAAAGAACUUGCAAGGCAACCUGGUGAAGAUAUCUGUGAAACAGUUACUUUCCCUGACACAGAUGAUCCAUAUGGGGGAUCCAACUGUAUCUGUCCAUGUCACAAUGUUGAAAAUGUGCAAUUUAAAUCAAGGUCUCAUCACUGUAAGCAGUGUGGCCUAAAGUUUAUCCAAGGAAAGAUAUAUAUUCAAACAGGAAAAGGAUUGAGGCCUGCUGUAGUUUCUUUCCUGACAAAUUCGGAAAAAGAUCAUUCCAAACGUCUAGCUGCUGCAGAACGUAAACGUACUGAAGUUAGUCCAAAUAAACAAGUUACGUCACCAUGUAAGGAGAAUCAUACAAAUGAGGAAUUACAGAAUAGUAACGAAAGUGAAGACGACGAAAAUAAAAAAAAGAAUCAAAAGACCAAAACGCCACGAAAACGUAAAAUUAAGGAUGGAAGUAAACCUAAUGUGAAAGAAUCCAAAAAGUCAGUUUCUAAAACUUGUGGAAAAAUAAAGUCGGAAACCGCGAAAGGUGCCAAAAGUUCACCAAAACGACAAAGCAAAAAACGACCUAUUACAAAAAAAACUCCGGAAACCAAGCCUGGUUCGAGUUUGGGGCAACAGAAACGACCAGCGGAAGAACAAGAGAUAGAAUAUUCUGAACCUCCUGAACAUGCCGAAUUGAAAGUAAGUUCUGACCAUAGUGGAGAAUCUGGAAGUGUUGCAGAGUUUUUUGAGUCUUCACAGGAUAUUACCAAUACAGAUGAAGAUUCUGAUGAUUUAGCAAACGUUCAGUUGACGCGGCAAAAUGCGUCAUGGACGAGAGAAGAAGAUAAAAUUAUUCUGCAAGCAUUUCGACAAAGUAAUAAUAAUGAGGAAACAUUUAAACAAAUUUCCAAAGUGCUGCAGAAUAGGUCAGUGGUAGAAAUAAAAAGUAGGUUUCAUAAAUUAAUGAGUUUGUUACAAGAAAUGGCCGCGAAUUCAAAUUCAUAAAAUACGUUGUAAUUUUUAACGUUUUGUCUACUGCUAAGUAAAUAACAAUGCGAAGUAGUUUGUUUAUGUUAAUUGAUAUAAAUGUUAAAAAAAGCGACCUAAGGAUGAGA